CACAAAACGUGUCCUGACUUCAAAUUGUGCUGCUCUCAUCCAUGGGUCAGCAAAAAAUGAUGCGAUAUUUCGUUUCUAGCGCUUCCAGCAUCCCAUAUUGACUGACAGCCCUUGAAGAAGCUCCUUUGUCCAAGUGGAACUUGUCCAAUCUGCCGCCGUUUUUCAGCCGCCUCGAUUUGCGGAGAGCUCAGGUGUACAGAGGUGUCAUUGUUAGUGGUCUCGGUGUACGAUGAACGCCCCUGCGCGAUACGAACUCUUUGUUUUGGACGAGGGUGAGAAGCCGGUCGAGGUGAUCGAGGACACCAAGAUCCCAAAUGCUGCUACUAUCAAGGUUAUGAAGCAAGAUCAUACUCUAGGGAACCUAAUACGCGCGCAACUGCUCUCCAUGCCCCAGAUCCUCUUUGCGGGAUACAAGGUCCCACAUCCUCUUCAACCAUACUUCCUCAUCAAGAUCCAGACCGAUGGUAGCAUUACACCAACGGCUGUGUUGGAGCAGGCAUGUACUAAGCUCAUCGGCACCAUGGCGUCCCUCGAAGCGAAAUUCAAACGCGAGUUCUCGUUCAAAGACGUGGAGAGUGGUGUCGUUGAGGAUGCCUAUGGGACCGUGGUGGCAGGCGGCACGACAUGGCCUGAAAACAGAGACUACUUGGACUUUUGAUUGCUGUGAGAGUUCGAUCGUAUUGUAUACUAGGCGGAUAAUCUUUGUUGUAUCUCUAGCAGUUUUUUCUUUGAUAUCAUCUACCACCUGCUGCCAAAUAGACUGCGGGGCAGAUGGCCUUUCCUCUUACC